AUGUGCGAGUCUGAUCAACGCAACCCUGGUAUGGAGGCCGUUGGUCGAUGCAUCAACAAAAUAAGAAGGAAAAGUAACAGCUUUUACUCUGCGACGCCCAUCCCAUUCAACGGCCCGCUCGUUGACUACGGUACACCACGACCCUCGACUACCCAUCACACGACAUGGCCAACGAUAAUUUCACAACCGUCAGAUAAUCAUCCCAGAAUGCCCAUGCCGCACUGA